CCCUAUUGGUGGAAACAAGCCUGUAACUCAGUUACGCAAAAUGUUUUGUAACUGUAGGAUGUUGUGACUUGUAGCUCGUUGGUAUCCUUCUGACAUAAAAACUGCAGGAUGUCCCGGGUCCCUACGGUGAGGCUGGCUGGCGGCCUGGAGGUGUGUCGCGUGCUGAACGGGAUGUGGCAGGUGUCCGGGGCGCACGGGGCCGUGGACGCGACUAAAGCAGUGGAGGCGAUGCAGGUCUACGUGGACGCUGGUCUGACCACAUUUGACAUGGCAGAUAUUUAUGGGCCUGCAGAGGAAAUAUUUGGACGCUUCAACAGCCAGUGCAAAUCCUCUGGGAAAGACGCAGCUGUGCAGAGUCUGACCAAAUACGUGCCAAGACCAGAACCAAUGAACCGCAAGGUGGUGGAGAAGGCACUGUGUCGCUCCAUGAGCCGGAUGCAGGUUGACCGGCUGGACUGUGUUCAGUUUCACUGGUGGGACUACAAAGACAAAAGAUACCUGGACGCGCUGGGACACCUCUCCGACCUGCAGCAGGAGGGACUCAUACAAGAGCUCUCCCUCACUAACUUUGACACCCAGAGGUUGGAGGAGAUCACCAGCAGAGGCAUCCGCAUCUCAAGCAACCAGGUUCAGUACUCUUUGAUUGACCAGCGACCUGCAGCCAAAAUGGAGAAAUUCUGUCUGGCAAACAACAUUCAGCUCCUCACCUACGGCACUCUGGCGGGCGGUCUCCUUUCAGAGCGUUAUCUGGGGAAGGCGGAGCCUCAUUCCAGGGCGGAGCUCUACACGGCGUCCCUCUCGAAGUACAAGAACAUGAUCAACUCUUGGGGUGGCUGGAGCCUCUUUCAGGACCUCCUUGUCGCCUUGGAGACGUCUGCUAGGAGACACGACUGCUCAGUGGCCAGCGUGGCAACGCGUUAUGUGCUGGAUCGCCCCGCAGUGGGCGUGGUCAUCGUCGGCUGUCGGCUAGGCGUCGCAGGGGCGGGACAACACAUCAGUGACAGUCUGCGUAGCUGCAGCCCCGACUUGAAGUUGACAGCGGAGGAUCGUGCCACCAUCGCAGCGGUGACGCAGCGCUCCAGGGACCUCAUGGCACUCAUCGGGGACUGCGGGGAUGAGUACAGGAACUAAAGGGGGAGGGGCCAUCAAAUUCAAAUUAUUUUUAUUAUAAUUUUACGUUUCUGUGUACAAGAACUGGAGCUGCUGUUUUGUCUCAAAUGAUUUACAUUACUUCAGGAUGAGGGGAGGUCUGUUUGAUUUUCUUUUACCUUCAUUACCAAGCAAAUGUUUGGAUACAUUUUCUCAUUCAAUCCGAGAACGAGAAAAUGUGCCCAAAUGUUUGACAAUAUAUUGAUUCCUUUUAAAGGCAUUGAACACAUGUUUUUAAUGUGGGAGAGAAGCUUCUUAGUCAGGCUUUUAUAGUUGAACCGAUAUACACAAACACAGUUUACAUUUUAGUAUAGUUUUUCUUUAAAUAAAAUAUUCAAGAGAAGGUUGAAGGACUAGACUAUGAUUUGAAUCUUUCCUGCCUUGAUGUAAAACAAUAUUGUGUACAUAAAUAUUCCACUUUGAGUUGAAUCCAAAUAACCACAAAGGAUUGUUAUAUAUAGGUAAACACAACAUUUCUCGUCACACUUAAUGUUUCUUGUUAUCUUGUAUUCAAUGAAGAUCUAAAACCACAACAAACUAUUUCCAAAUCUUUAGAACAACGGAAAAGUUUCUGAAGGAAACUAUUGUCACAGAGGUCUUUGGUUCAUCCUGAAUACAGCAGACCGUGGUCCAGUAAAGAAACAAGUUUACUUCAAAACGUUUUUACUUUUCAGAUACUUUGAUCUUCAGAAAUUUUUCCAAUCACCUCUUAUCCCUCAGCAUUAGUGCGGUCAAAAAAGUCUUUGCAGCAUAUAUAUUUA